AUGGCCGACACCCACCAAUUCGACGUAAACAAGCUCUUCGGAGUCCAAGACUACGUCGCAGUAAUCACGGGCGGCGGGUCCGGCAUAGGAUUAAUGGCCGCGCAGGCACUUGCCGCCAACGGCGCCAAAGUCUACAUCACCGGCCGGCGGAAGGAAGUUCUCGAGAACGCGGCGAAGAGCCACCAGCCGGCCAAGAGCAGCGGGCAAAUCAUCCCGAUCGGGCCAUGCGAUGUAACUAGCAAGGACGACCUAGAGAAGCUCGUUGCAGAUCUGAGCAAGCGCGAGAAGUACAUCAACCUCCUGGUGUGCAACGCCGGCAUCUCGGGCCCGAAGGCUGAGCCGAAGGACGCCGAUGCCGAAGAUCUCAAGGCUAGGCUUUGGAAUAAUGAGGAUCCUAGCGAUUGGCGCGAUAACUAUAAUACUAAUGUUACGGCGGUGUACUUUACGACGGUAGCCUUCCUUCCGCUGCUACAGCAAGGCAUCCGUCCGAAAGGCCCCCUUGAGCCUUACGCCCCAUCUGUCAUUACCAUAUCUUCUAUGUCGGGUAUCAUGCGGCAUGCUCAGGGUCACUUCAGCUAUAACACAGCCAAGGGAGCUACCGUACAUCUGACGAAACUUAUGAGCGCAGAGUUCCAAAAGGCUGAAAUCAGAGUCAACUCCAUUGCGCCGGGAUAUUUCCCUACCGAGAUGACCGCUAAGAGUAGUGAUGAUAAACAGAAGAGCUAUGUAUCACCAGAGAAGAUCCAAGAUAAAGGCCACGUCCCGCUGAUGAGAGCCGGACGUGAGGAAGAAAUGGGCAUGACGAUACUCUACCUCGCGAAGAACCAAUAUGUGAACGGAGAGAUCAUCGCAGUAGACGGUGGAGUUCUAAAUGUUAUAGCAGGACGGUAA